CAACCAUUUUUAGUUCAAAUUUAUCGAUUUCCCGGAAAGAAGCCCUAAAUCACUGAAAAAGAACCCACGCACGACUUCUGCGUUCUGCCCUCUACCCACGAAAAAGAAAGAGGCCCACGCUGCUUCCUUCGCCGAUUGCGUUCGCCACCGCCACCACCACCUCCGGCCGCCACCGCCGCCAGUUUUGCCGUUGACGCCUUGCGGCCAGGACACUGUUCAUCUUCGCCGUCUAUCACCUUUUCCGCCGAUGAAACUAAAUUAGAACUUGAAUAUUGAAGCAGUCUCUUUUGAUUGGAAGAUUGUGUAGUAAAUGGCAAUAUCAGUAUCCAGAUGACCACCUGCCAUAUGGGAGCCAUGAUUCUGCAGUCCAGAUUAUUGAAAAUAGAGAGUUAUAGCUCCAGAGGAUCAUGUCUUACCAAUAUAUCUUGCUUAGUUUAUUACUGGGGCUACGCGGCUGUCUUUAAUGCACAAAAUUCAACCCGUUGCUUGAAGUCUGCACCCUUUCCUCGAAGAAGUUUCCAGACGAGUAGACAUCUCCGGAAGCGGAAGCUAGCCUUUGCAUUAGAUACAAGUGGGUUACCUAGAAAUGGUGGGGAAGACAACCCUGAUGGCGAUGAAUCGAAUCUCGGUCGUACUCGAUUAGGCAGGCUAGUUAGCUCAGCCGCCCGACAGUUGCUGGAAAAGCUAAACUCAGCACGAAAGAACUUCCCUAUGAAGAUAUUUUUGCUUCUUUUGGGUUUCUACACAGCAAAUGCACUUGCUACAAUUCUUGGGCAGACGGGUGACUGGGAUGUUUUGGUUGCUGGUGUAGUGGUUGCUGCCAUUGAAGGGAUUGGUGUGCUCAUGUACAGGAAGCCUCCACCUUUAUUAACCAGGAGGUUGAAAUCUUUUAUUGUGAUGAUCAACUACUGGAAAGCUGGCGUGUGCUUAGGCCUCUUUGUUGAUGCGUUCAAAUUAGGGAGUUGAAAGAUGCCGCAUCCGAAACUACUCUCUCGCUCUUCUCUCAGUUCAUGACUGCCUUCAUGACUUGAGGAAUAGGAAAAAAAGGUAAUUCUUUUCACCUUGGAGGAGAAUCACUUCUGUAUAAGGCAGGAAAUUUGAUUCCAUUUGUGUAAUUUGUGUAACUAUAUUACUCUUAUAUAUACAUAAUCUUGGAUGAUUCUGUACCAUAA